AACGUUGGUUGCUGCUUGAGAAAAAGAGAUCCACAGUGUUCCUGACGUCCAGGUUGAGGAAGUCUGAAGUUUAGGUGUUUGAGUCACACAUUUCUUUCAGAUCUGGUCUACCGUAGGUCGACACGAUGUCCGGCGGUCCCCAUAAUGAUAAGGAGGCCAUGAAUAUAUACUGUAUAACCCUCAACGGCCCGGCACCAUGGGGCUUCAGACUUCAGGGGGGGAAGGACUUCAGCAUGCCCCUGACUGUGUCCAGGCUGACCCCCGGGGGUAAGGCCGCCCAGGCCGGUGUGGGCGUGGGAGAUUGGGUGGUGUCCAUCGGAGAGACCAACGCAGAAGACAUGACCCAUGUGGAGGCACAGAACAAGAUCAGAGCAGCAGAGGAGUCUCUCACCCUCACCCUCAGCAAAGCUCUCCAUGCGGGUGGCGAUCAGAAGAUGGAUGAGAAAGAUGAUCAAGCUUUCUUUGAUCACCCGAUUUACCAACACGAGAACGUCAAGGCCUCUCUGUCACCUGCUAAGGCCCAGACCCAGACAGCAGACAAACCUGACGCCUCUAAGACUUCAGCUACAGUCACGGCUGGUCCUCUGGUACGUCCUCCGUGGGUGACCGACCCAGGGUUCGCUGACCGUUACGCCCCAGACAAGACCAGUACGGUUCUGACCCAGCACAGGCAGCCGGCCCAGCCAACGCCCAUGCAGAACCGCUCCUCUAUCCUACAGGCGGCUCAGCAGGCACCCGAGGACAGCGGAAGGACCCCUCUCUGUGGAGCCUGCAACAAGAUCAUUAGGGGCCGGUACCUGGUGGCUCUGGGUCAGUCCUGGCACCCAGAAGAGUUCCAGUGUUCCCAGUGUAAGGUGAUGUUGGAUGAGGGAGGAUUCUUUGAGGAGAAAGGCUCAAUCUUCUGCUCCAAGUGUUAUGAUAACCGCUACGCUCCCAACUGUGCCAAAUGCAAGAAGACGAUCAUAGGGGAUAUCAUGCAUGCUCUGAAGAUGACCUACCAUGUCCAUUGUUUCAUGUGUGCUGCCUGUAAGAGCCCCAUCAGAAACCAGGCCUUCUAUAUGGAGGAGGGAGAACCUUACUGUGAGAGAGAUUAUGAGAAGAUGUUUGGUACUAAGUGUCAUGGCUGUGACUUUAAGAUCGAUGCUGGGGACCGCUUCCUAGAGGCCUUGGGAUACAGUUGGCACGACACCUGCUUCGUCUGCGCUUUCUGCCAGAUCAACCUGGAAGGAAAGACCUUCUACUCUAAGAAGGAUAAGCCGCUGUGUAAAGGCCAUGCCUUCUCUCCUGUCUGAGAGGGAGAGAGGUGGUUCAGACAGGAGACCUUCACCAUUCUCUGAACCCUGAAGACCUGUAGAGUGCCAGUUAAUCGCCACUCUACUGCAAACCAGACCGCAUCAGUGCAUCAGAUCCUCACCUAUCGCUCAGCUACAGAUGGAUUCAGCUGCACCUCAUCCUUCAACUUCUAUCCCUGGACUUUCCAAAUGCAUCCUGUACUGGCUCCCUUCACUAAGAGCUAAAGGAAUGUUAACCUUUCUGACCUUAACCGCCUAGUUUCUUUACUGUUGUUACUCAUAGCAGGUUACUCUAGUAUCAUAUCUAAUGGUAUAACAAAGUGAGACAUUAUUAGUAUUGUGUGUUAUUCUGUGUUAUUACAAACGGAGUCAUUUCAAGCCUUAGCUUCUCUAACUCUGUGUUGUCAGUGAAUAUAUAUAUAUAUAUAUAUGUCAUUCUUCCCUCUGUGAUUGUGGUGAUGACCACCUGUUGUUCACAAGUCAUCCUUUACCCCAAUGUGCGAUGGUCAACUGUGUUUGGGCAAUGCCUAUUAGUCUGGUGAAAUGUUAGGCUCAGCCCCUUCUAAUCUCAACCUCGUUCAUUUCACUUUUAAGUGCCUUUUUUCAUUUUUUAAAAGUUGAACCAACCGUUUAGUGUGUCAUUUUCUGAGAUGUUAACUGUCGCUGCACCACCUUCCUCAUUUAAAGUCUCUGGUCCGUUCAACAACCCUUUGGUUACUGCAGUAAUUAAGGUGAUUUUAAUGGGGACCCUUACUCCAGUACUUAAGGUAAUGUACAGGGCAACCAUACUGCAGUACUUAAGGUGAUUUUAAUGGGGACCCUUACUCCAGUACUUACGGUAAUGUACAGGGCAACCAUACUGCAGUACUUAAGGUGAUUUUAAUGGGGACCCUUACUCUAGUACUUACGGUAAUGUACGAGGCAACCUUACUGCAGUAAUUAAGGUAAUAGGAACUCAGUCAUGUGGAACUAGUUACUGUACUUACUGUAAUACACUCUCUGAGUGCGUUCCAAAUGGCGCACCCUAUUCCUUAUAUAGUGCACUCAUUUAUAUGGGCUCUGUUAAAAAACACUAGUGCACUAUAAAUGAAAUAGGGAGUCCCUUCGGGACACAGCCCAUAUUGCACUAGUCACUAUAAAAACUGUCGGACACUCCAUAUUGACCCCAAGGACCCAGAAUGCAUCACUUCACAUCAGCUAUGUUAUUAAUUGAGUAAUGUAAAUGAGAACAGUACACCAUAAAAAAGGAGUAGCGUUUUGAAGCAACACUAUCAAUGUACAGUAUAUGGAAAUAAACGCUGUUUACUGGGCUGGGAGUCAAAACCA